AUGUUAGAUCUGAUCAAAUAUGGAAAUAAUAUGAAAAACUUGGUUAUGAGAGUGGCUUUCAGGCAUCCAUCAACUAUCGUCACCCAUAUAGCAGCUUCGAGUUUUGUGCAAAAAUCAAAUAGUUGGCCUGAUCCAACAGAUAUGUUUGUUAUUCAUAAAAUUUUGAAAGGUGUACAGAAUUUGAAAGGCAAGAAUGACCUUAGACUACCAAUAACUAAGGACAUUUUGAUCAAAUUAAUUGACUCUUUGCCGUGUGUAAUUGUUAAUGUAGACAACCAAUUAGCCCUUAAGGCUAUGUUUCUUGAUCUGCAUCCAAAAACCAUUUAUAUCCCGAUUUGUGCAGAUAAUAUUACGUGUCCAGUCACUCUUGUUCAUCACUAUCUGUCUCAAUUUGGCCAUUCAAGUGGACCUUUGUUCCAAUUUAAGUCUGGAGCUCCAGUUACUAGGUCUUCUUUCACCACCUCUUUAAAGUCGGCUCUCUCAUUCAUCGGUUUAGAUACUCGGUACUAUAAAGCACACAGUUUCAGGAUAGGGGCUGCGACUUCUGCUGCUGCUAGGGGAAUUCCCCACUCCGUGAUUCAAGGGAUGGGAAGAUGGAAAUCGAGUGUUUUUAUGAAAUAUAUAAGGAUGCAAAAUUUUAAUUGA